GUUCGAAUAUGAACUGGACACUCGUCGAGAUUCGCGAAAGCUGGCUGAGUCUCUCCUUUAAAUUUCUCGAGGCUCGCUUCUUCACGAACGGAACGAUUCCUGCAUAACCAUUAAAAUUCGCCGCGUACCUCGUCAAAAUUUCCUCUCAAUCCCAUGUCAGAGACACGCGCGAUGUAAUCGCAGAGUGGCCAGCAUCUGCCUCUUCCUGUUCCCUGAUACUUUGCUUCCAUACUCCAACCAAUGCUGCGUCUGAAUGACAUGUCACGAUGCCGACUUACCACAUCCACGACACAACAGUGAAGCUGUGUGUUUGGGACCCGGACCAACCGCCGAAACGCUGCAUCGGGAGGCAGCGCACAGGCGGACCAUAUACCUACCCACCUCCACCAUAUGGACGAGACGUUGAGCCAUUGAAAGAGCAACAUGAAGGGGUCGAGUUUCUCGGCUCUGACAUGCCUUUCUGGAUCGUUAAUGCUGGCCACGACUUGUUCUUCAAGACGCGUCAGACUUCUAGCGCCAUCACAAAGCCAAGCGUUGAGCGGAGACAAGAAGAACCAGUUCCUGCCAAAGAAGAUCACAAGAACCCCGAUAUCCAACCAACAAAGGAACUCCAGUCAUCUGCUCAUGACUUUCACAACGACGAUGGCGAUUCCGUUCUCUCCUCUAUCUCGUCCUCGAUGUUUGCAGAUUCUAGCCCACUAGAGACCGAGGAGAGUGCACCUCAAGACGCGAGUUCUGUGAGGAAUGGAAAUCGCCGCGGAUGUGUCCAACGAAAGCCCAAAAGCCUACCACAACUAGUGCAAGGUACCGUUUCCAAGCCCAUCACAACCGCAAUUCCAGUCAUGGUCGAGCUCUCUCUGUCGAAGAACUCAUUCAUGGAGUCGAUCAUAACGAAUGAUACCCAAGACAUCUGCGUUAACGUCUUUUUUAAUGGAGAAUUUGCCUCUUCGAGAGUCUUUCGAUCCCACACAGCUGAACUCCUCACUGCUGAACAGAAGGAUCAGUUUUUUGGAGGGCGAAAAAUUGAUACACACCUCGAGGUACCCUGGGUUAUCUUGCCAGUGACAAAUGAUGAUACCUCUCCGUCGGAGAAAUCACAUGAGAGCUCAAGUUUUGAAGACAGGUGGGACAAAGUCAACAAACUUCUGCUCCAGGAAGCACGUGAAUGGGGGCGGGUAGGCAAGUAUAAGAUGCUCAGAUCUCCAGUGGGCGAGUACUUGGCGGAACUUUCGAAGAAAUCAGUGCCACAGAACAUAAAGAAUAGUGGUACAGUAGGUCGUCAAGGCGGCAUCAUCGACGUCGUAAUUUCCGUCGGAAGAUCAAUUACGGUACCUCAGUGGAUUGAUAUUAUCAAACCUCGUCGGAAACUCCCCGAAUACAUUUGUGCCAAGAGUCAACAGCUAUUCGUUGUCCCUGAAGAGUUGAAGCCUCAGGACAAAGCCCAAAUAGUUGCGGAAUUUGAGCGCGAGGAGAAUAACAGAGAGUCUGAUUCCAUCACAAAGCAAGAACCUCGAAGACAUAAUUCUGACGAUGGGUACUAUUUCAGCACGGUCAACACAAGAAAGGUUCCUCUAAAGGACUCUACAGACGAAUCAACUCCCACACCAUCCAUGUUAGUGGGCCAAUCUAUGGAGCUGCAAGAGGAUCCACCAUCAAGCCAGCCGCUCGCUUUAGUCACGUCAUCGGCGCAAUUGAAGCGUGGAGGUUCUCUUCCUGCAAUGCAUUCGUCAAUGCCUCGAUCAGCGAUGAAGAACAAAGAUACCGCAAGACCAACGACCCCUACACAGCCUCGACAUCCGAACAAGCCCAAAGUCACUCCGCAGAAGUCAUACAAGGGUCCCACGCCAUCGCCUAAAGGCCAAAAACAGAAUCCGUGGGAGUACAUUCCGUUUGACGCGGAUAAAUCGGUUACUUAUUCGACAAGAUCCAAGCGAUCCAAGUCGAUCCCUGCCUCGUCUCCAGACAAUCUUCGAGGUCAAGAGUUGGUGGACAAUUAUCUGACAUUGCGUAAUAGACAACUUGAAACACUGCCCUCAACUCCAUUUGAAUGUCUCCCACACCCUGAACCUUUUGGAGAUGGGAUUUCUUUUACGCCAGGAGUGAGUUCUGAGAUGGACAGUAGCCCAUGUCGGCCUUCUACCAGAUCCGAUCAACAGCCAAGCUCCAUGCUUCAUGAAGCCGAAGACAUGUCUAAAGAAGAUAGACUGGGAUUGGACGGAGCUGGUGAUGCGCGAAAGCGUAAGUCUGACUCGAGCAUAGCCUCUGAAAAUACGCCAACCAGAUCUUCUAAGAGAAAGCGGGGGCCAUCUGGAUCUCGCAACACAUCUUUGGGAAGUAGCGAGAGUCCACCUAUCCUACAUCCGAAGAGUGCCAAGCGCACCAACAUGGUCUCAAAGGACAACAAAGUCUCUAGUCGCAUUCCGAGACUCGAACAAGAAGCUUGUGAUCAGCCCACAAUGGAUGUGAAAGGCUCUCAAGCGCAAGAAGAGUUCAUGGGGCCACUAAAAAAGUCCCGAGCCAGCCAGCCUCAAGAGCCAGCCGACAAGAAACAACGAAGACAUUCGGGAGCCAUGUCAGCUCGAGAACUCAGCUCCUUGCUUACGCCUCAUAAGCCAGCUACAGGCGUCAACGCCUCCUUCGGGGCAUCAUUCGCUGAAACUAGCUCAACUCGUUCGACCAGGAAUCUCACUGCCAGACAAGAGAAGGUAAUCAGUGAGCUGAAAGCCGAAAGGUUACAAUUCAAUCUUCCCAAGGUCACUGCUACUUACAAGAAACCAGCUCUUGUCAUAACAGGGGUGAAUAGCACCACACAUAAAAUUACGACUCAAACCCCGGUCCAAAACCCCCUCGAAACAUCUCGAAACAAACGUUCAGAGCCGACACCAGAUACUGACGAGAGCCAGACAGCAAAAUGCAGAACUGCCAAGGGAAGAUUUGCUAAGGCCAAGAAGCCCGGGCAAGCUGUAUCGAAGAACAUGAAGAGAGGCCAGGAGGGGGUAGAAGCAUCAAUGACUCCUCUAUCGACUACACAGGAGACCGUAAAGGUCCAAGGACAAAAGAUGAUGCCCACUCAGUCUGACACAAAAGUUCAGGCAGAUCAACCAAACGACGAGUCGAUCGCCAUGCCCAUCUCUUACGAUAACUUCUGGCGCAACUUUGGUGAAUCGCUCGAAAAACCAGAAGUAGGAUCCUCCAUGAAGCUGAAGCUCGACGUCGACCCAGGAGUUGCGAAUGUACGCAACUCCAAACCGCAUCCGAGAUCACACCGAGGAAUGAACACACCAACCCCAACUAGUCCGGCUGUCACAAUACCGAAGGACCUCGAAACACCAAUCAGUUCGGCACAUACGAUAUCAUCAAGUGCCACAAUGAAGUACACCGCUGGCACUAGAAGCACGACGUCCUUUCGAAAAGUGUUAACGCCCACACCGGCAUUGCCAGUCCCGCAAAUCAGCGCCGACUUACCGAACCCAGCAAGCAGAGAACCGCUAGAUCCACGUCCAAACCCUGUCCAGAGCUCACGCCCGCGUAGACCAGCAUCUGGACCAAUUACUGUGGCAACCACGCCCUCGGCAUCUACACCAGGAAGCCGACAACCCUUGUCUUCAAGUCCCAAAGUUUUCCCGAGGCCUGGUUCACGCCGCUCAGCAUCUGGACCAAUUACUUUUGCAACGUCAACGCCCACUGGAAGGUUGUUUUCAACAGCCCAGGAGUCUCGUCCACCGCGCCCUUCGAAAUCCGCCGAUCUAGCAUGGAAGCCAAAUUCCCUUUGCGCAGACUCAGUAGUUUCCUACGCAACAGAAAAGAUGGCGAAGAAGUGGUCCGACAAGGAAUACGUUUCACGGUCAGGUUGUGCAUACAGGGGUACGAUGGCGGAGAAAGAGACUCCCUUUCGAGCGAGUGGUAUCUUGAUGGGUGUUAGAUUUGUUCUUGGUGUAGGAACUCGUGAGGGUGAAGAUGAAUCAGGAAUGAAAGAGUGAAGGAAUGAAGGAACGAAGGAACGAGAGAGCACGUGGUAUGAUUCGCUGGAUGAAGACAAUGUGAAGUACGAUUUCCUUUGCUGUUGCUAGAUCUCGAGGCACUUGCUAUUUGCACUCGCCAGAGGGACUGUGUUGUGCAGUCUUUGGCGCACAAAAUGGGCAGCAACCAUUUCACAUUUGCUAUGUAUGAGUAGAAGACAUUAAAUAGCUUUGACAACGGCUCCAGUUUAAUGUAACUCCGUCUGAAUCGUGAUGAACC